GUGAGUGCGUGCUACCCGAGACUGCAGUGGACAUUACGGAAGCUUCAAACAUGGAAUCGUGGAAAGUCCUCGUGAUUUUGGUUGCAGUUAUUCAUUGCUCGGUUUCAAGACCAAGCAACCCUGAGAAUGAGCUACGUGUUAUUGUCAGGCAAUUGGAGAGACUCGUGGCCAGGACAGAUACUGGAACUCCAGAUUCCCCACCUGGUCCACGUGUACCCGAUGACGACGACAGCGAUUCAACCAAUGAUGAGGAAAUUGAUUUAUCAGAAGAGGUAUAUAAAAUGCUCUUCGAAAUGUUCGACAGGAUCCUGAAACCAUACUUUGGCAGUUUUCCAAGUGGAACUUUCACAUCUACAAUGCCACUGACCCGUGAAAGAUUUGUGAGAUUGUUUAAAGACUGGUUCAAGACGAUCGCGGGAAACCCGUCCGAUACGACUUUCAGAGAAAUAUUUUUCAACACAACUGGCACUUUCUUGAAUGCGAGGUUCCAGUGUGCAACAUCAAAACUCAACCAAAUGAUUUUCUAUGUUCUAAAGGACCAAGAGCGUGCAUUGACUGCGGGGGAUGAAAAGAGUAUGUACGCCCUUGUGAAAAAGAUUCUGGGGAAGCAUAUAACCGACGAGGCCACUCUAAACGAAGUCAUGAGGACGAUGGUGAAGAACGCCCACAUGCAUGUCUUCGGAACUAUGAUGAACAUGAAAUACUUCCUUUUACGUGAUAUUAUGGAAUUCUUUGGGAGGAUGAGGAUGAUGUUAAACACAGCUGAGAGAGAAACCUGGACCGUUACCAAAUUUGAGGAAGCAGUAAAGGAGCUCAUGUCCGACAGUAACAUCGAGUUCAGAUGCCCCCGCCUUAGUGAGCUGUGGGAAUACCACCGGGAACUUUUCAGAGAUUUCCAAGAAAUGUUGAAAGACGACUUCUUUAAUGAAGCGGAGACGUGGCUGAAAAACUACCUGGCAAAAUAUAUAACAGACCCCGCCCCCGUCAUCAGAGAGAUCCUCCCACUGUAUACCAAGUAUGUCAGGGCGGUGGAAUGGCACUUCAAAGAAAUUGACAACCACAUGAUAACCGGAAACUUUGGCGACAUCACCACGUUUGUUUCCAAGUUCCUUCAGCCGGAUCAGUUGAACUACCUGAAGUCCAUUUUUGAACAUCUGAAAACGACGGGUACGAACACUGGGUCUCCAGGGGCAAUGGAGUACCUCCGCGCCUUUGACGAGGAGGAGGAGGAGCCUUAGGAAGGAUAUGGAGGCUAUUAGACGGAGGAUUAAGAACCAGACCUUACCUCUAUGGACAAUUGAAAAAUGUUAACAAUUUGGACAUAUGCAUCUUUGUUAAGUUUUUGUUUGAAGAAUAAAAAGAAGGAAAUUUUA